AUGUACCAUUUGCUUCCAAAUGGAAAAUUUAACUUUGAAAAAAUUAAAAGAACUGAGAUAGAACAAAUAAAACAAGAAAUAACGAAUCUAAAAAAAUUAGCUAUCGAACAAAGCAAAAAUAUAAAAUACCUUGCUGAAGCAAUAAAAAUCUAUCAAGAAAUAAAUAACACAUUUCACCUCGAAAAUAAUGAAUUAAAAAGAAAACUUGAAGAGCAUCGAGGACACGAUUACUUAACAAGACUUAGACAAAUAACAACUUGGAGAAACCAAGCUGUAGCAGAAUUCGUAAUAUUAGGACAAGAAUAUCUUGAAGAAAAAUUUGAUAAAUUACAUAAAGAAUAUUUUAAAGCGAAGUUAAUCUUUGAAUCACUCAAAAAACAACACAACUUCAAUAAAUUAUACAAAAUGCUUGAUAAUCUACAAGAUACUUCUGACGAAGAAAGUGGAUGCCCCAGUACACCACAACAAGUAAAAGAAUACACACUACACUAUACUCCAAGCACGCCUGUAUAG